AUGGUGGAACCAGAUUCAGGAGAUGAACUAUACAGUGUUCACAGUGAUGAUGAAGAAGGUGAUCAUACCUCGAGGUUGGAGUUCAAUCCCCAAACCAAGAAAGAUGACUUCAAGUUUAAGUUGAACAUGGAGUUUGGUAGUAUCGAAAUAUUGAGGGCUGCACUGAAGGAGCAUUUCAUACAUACAGACAGGGAAUAUAUUCUAAUUCACAAUGAUAGAGCUAAGUGCAGUGCAGAGGGGCUCCCAUGGAUUCUAAAUGCACAUGUCCAACCAGAUGGAAUGACAUUCAAGAUCACUACAAUAACUGAAGGAGGGCACCACUGUGGCAUGGUCUUGGAGAACAUGCUUAUUGAUGUGAAUUGGGUGACCAAACACUUCAUUGAUCAGUUUAGGCAACACCCUGAAAUGGAAUUCAAACAGUUUGCUGAAAUGACCAAAGACACAAAGUAUUCUAAGGUCACUUCAUGGCAAUUCUACAGAGCCAGAAAUGCAGCAAAGGCAUUGCUUGAAGGGUCUGUGGCAGAACAGUAUGCCAUACUGGAUGAUUACUUCCAAAUGAUUUUGAAGACCAACCCAGGGAGUACAGCCAAGAUUCAAACAGAGUUAAGGGGUGAGAGAAGGAUCUUUCAGAGGUGUUAUAUUUGCCUUCAAGCAUGCAAAGAAGGGUUUUAUAGAGGUUGCAGGCCAUUAAUAGGGUUGGAUGGUUGCUUCCUCAAAGGUUACUGCAAAGGUGUGCUAUUGGCAGCAAUUGGUGUAGAUGGAGGGAAUUCCAUAUUUCCUGUAGCUUAUGCAGUUGUAGAGAAGGAAACUACUAGCAGUUGGGAAUGGUUUCUAACAUUAUUGAAGGGUGACUUGGCACCAAGGGAUACAAGGACACUCACCAUGAUGAGUGAUAGGAAAAAGGGUCUUCAAAAUGCUGUUGAGUCUAUUUUCAACAGCCCUGACACAAGAUUCUGUGUUAGGCACAUGUACUGCAACUUCAAGAAAGACUUCCCUAGCCUAUUACUGAAGCAACUUGUGUGGGCAACUGCUAGAUCAACAAUUCCUGCUCAUUUUGACCAGAGGAUGAAAGAAAUCAAGGAUAUAAAUGAAGGAGCUUACAAUUGGUUAGCAGCCAAACAAAAGUCAAAGUGGACAAAGGCAUACUUCAAGGAAGGUGUUAAAUGUGACAUGUUAUUGAACAACAUGUGUGAAAGCUUCAAUAUGGCCAUUAUGGAUGGAAGAGACAAGCCCAUUGUCACACUGUUGGAGACAAUCAGAGGUUGGUUAAUGUCUACUUUUACAAAGAGAAGGGAAGGCAUACAAAAGUGGAAGCAUGGAGUGCACAACAACAUAGCAAAGCUUGUAGCAAAAAAUGGUGAAAUUGGUAGGAAGUGCUCUGUCACAAGAGCAAAUGCUGUUUUAUUUGAAGUUAAAAUGUCAGAAGCUGGUCCCUUUAUGGUUGAUCUGGACAAACAUGAGUGCACAUGCAGAAGGUUCCAGCUCACUGGAAUUCCUUGUGGUCAUGCCUUGGCAGCCAUUUGGUUUUGUGGCCAUAAUGAAUGGGGUUACAUACAUAGGUACUACAAAGCUGAAGCUUAUGCAGCAGCAUAUGCAGGCACAAUUUCCCCCAUGCCUAGCCCUGACAAGUGGCCAAACAAGGGCCUUAACCCUAUAUUCCCUCCCUGUGAGCAUAACCUUCCUGGCAGGCCAAAAAAGAAAAGGAGAAGGGGUGCUGAUGAAAAAGAUCCACCUGCAGCUGCCACAGUUAGAAAAGCCAGCAGAGUUGGAACUGUCAUGCAUUGUUCUAAAUGCAAAAAAACUAGACACACAGCCCCAAGAUGCAAGGAACCUGUACCAGAUGUGCCAAACGAGGCUCCAAAGAAUAAAGGAGGUAGGCCACCAAUUCAAAAUCCAUCUGCUGCAACACUGAAGAGGAGGCAGAGAAGGGACAAACAACUUGCUAAAGAGGCUAGGAAGAGGGGUGAAGGUUCAAGUUCCCAGCGUCGGGGUUGA